GUCUCAUUUCCAUCGUUUAUGGAAACAGCAUUUUGCGGAGACACCCCUAGGAUCUAUUUCUCCUAUUGUAGGUGUCCGCAAUGCUCCCAAUUUGCAACAAAGACUAGUUAAGAAGAAGCCGGCAUCAGACCUCAUCCGAUAGAGUAAGAUGCCUUCAUGUUCUUUUUUAAAAAACUAGGCCUUUUUCAUUUUGGUUGAUUUCAUACCUGGUUACCCACGCGUCUUACGGCCGAUGGCUGCGGUGGACCGGGAGAUGACCCCUUCUACCAAAGGAGAAAAUUGAGAUUUCUACCCACACGGAUGUAAGUUCGCCAGAAAUUCUGAGCGUUUCGCCGUAAAUUGGCAGGACCGGUUCGCUCACAUUCAACGUGUGAGUCCUUCCCGACGGUUCGCUCACAUUCAGUGUGUGAGUCCAUCCCGACCUUGAGUGUAACGAAUCAGUUGCUCAACUCUGACCCGAGUGUCGAUGACGAAGGUGACAAUGAUUGACCGUAUGCGUGGUUCGCUAUCUUUCCGUGUCACUCGGACAGAUAGAAUGGCAUUAGCAGUCAACGGUGACACAUCCAGGAUUUGCAUGUCUGAGUCGAAAUUCAUCGACCGGCCCGAUUGCUAGUGGUCGAACCUUCGUCAAUUCGGCAUACAAGCAGAACUUGACAAUUCGACCCUCAAUCGGUCCUCCGUCGUCACGUUCAGUGCCACUAAAGCACUUACAUCGGCGGCAACUACCCGAUCAUGCACCAGAACGCCCGACAAAGAGUGCUCUAUGCCGCUGGAGACGUCAGCGGCUAGAGGUGCGUAUUGCAAGUGGAAGUGGCAGUCGUAAAAAACCGCCCGCCCUGCAAUCGUCAGUUCGAUUAGCGACCCCUCGACAUGCUGUCGAGGAGCCAGUCGUUAUCGAACCACGACGCACCAUGGACCCACCAAAAUUCCGCUUUGAACUAUAG